CCUGAUACCUGGCUUUGUAAAUGAAAAUCCAGUGGAUCAAUAGUUACUCAAAGUUAAAAUGGCUGUUUUUCAUGUGUCUGUGCCUGCUCUAUUUUAAUAGGUUGGUGUUGAAUUGUGUAUUAUUAUUCGAAUUAUCUAGUAUCAACAACUUUCACCUGCAAUGAAGAGAAUUAUGCAAUAACUUGGCAAAGACAAUGGCUACGUGUACAUCAGUGUGCGCUGUUUGCGAUAUUCGACACCAAACUUCGACGUCCACUCACUGGUGUGUGGAGUGUGAGGAACCAUUAUGUUCUGACUGUAAAGACCAUCAUAAUGUUUUUAAGGCAACAAGAAAUCACAAAAUUAUUUCUAUCUCAGAUCACCAAUUAUUACCAUCCGCUGUAACCAACAUCAAGCAGAAUUGCGUUUAUCACAAUAAGAAGUAUCAACUUUACUGUAUGUAUCACGAAAGUCCAAUAUGUAACAAGUGCGUAAAGGAUCAUGGAAAAUGCGGAGAAGUUCUUUCACUUGAGGAGGUUAUAAGGGAAAUUAAGACGUCAGAGUCAUUCUUUGACCUAGAGAACGGCCUUGAUGACCUGUAUGACAAUACCAAUCAAAUUAGUACAGACAGAAAGUCCAAUUUAGAAAGUAUAACAGAUCAGAAGGAGAAGAUAACUGCUCAAGUUUGUCGCUUAAAACAACAGGUCAUCCAGCAUGUCAAUAAAUUGGAAGAGGAGUUCCUAAAAGAACUUGACCAAAUUGAAUUAAAAUACUGCAACCCGAUACGCUCAAGUGUGGCUUCACUUCAAGACAGGGCAAAGGAAAUAAACCAUUUGAAGUCAGAAAUCAAAAACACAAAGAAAUACGCAUCAAACUUGCAAACAUUCUUGAAUAUGAAAAAAAUUCAGACCAAGACAACUGAAUACGAAAAGGAUCUUCAGUUUUCUAAUGACAAUGAGUGCAACGAGACAAUCAAAAUAAGAAGUACAAUAGAUACUACGAUACAGGAUAUUCUGAAUGUAGAUAGAUUUGGUUCUAUUAACGUCAAGAAAGGCCCAUCACCCAACAUGGACAUACAAAGAAGGAAAGACCGACAAGCUCAAGUAAUGGUUCCUCAACCAAUCAAAUUGAUAAACGAAAUAAAACUUGAAUUCAAACAAAAAAUUGACACAGUUUGUGCAUGUUGUGAUACCUUUGAUAACUAUUUCGGAUGCUGCGUUACAACAAAAGAUGAAUUUCUGUUAACAAAUUGUCGUUAUAGUGUAAAAAAUAUUAUUACUGUUAAUACCGAAGGUAGAGUUAAAUAUACAAUCCCACUUAAAAACUGUAACGAGGCGUUUGAUGUAGCGUGCAUUAAUGACUCCACACUAGCUUUAUCAUCUUUUUCAUUUAAAAGUCAAGGUGGUAUCAGUAUAGUUGAUUUGACUGAAAGAAAAGUGGUAAAGUUCAUCGAUUUACCUGAGAGUACCUAUGGAAUCACUUAUGACGGUAAAUCGUUGAUAUGCUGUGUAAGAGGUAAAGACAUGCAUGUGAUAUCUUGUACAGACUACAGUAUCACUACAAUCCCUAACACUGUCUCAUCUGAGAUGUCAUAUGUUUCAUCGCAUGCCGACAAGAUCUUCUUUACCAAUCCGGAUGAUCACACAGUAAAGUGCUGUUUGUACAGUGGAGUUCUAGUUUGGGAGUUCAAAGAUGAGAGCAUUUUAGAUUGUCCGCAAGGAAUUACCGCGGAUAACAACGGGAACGUUUUUGUUGCUGGUGAAAAAUCGUCAAUGGUGCUAGUCUUAUCUCCCGAUGGAAAACAGUGCAUAGAGAUUUUGGACGAGGAAGAUGACAUCUUUCAACCGACAGCCAUUUGCUUUGCCAAACAGAGGAAUCAACUUCUUUUGAUAAAUAGGCAGCGGCAAGCGUGCAAAUGUAUAUCAGCUAGAUAUGUAACGUAA